GCUCUUGUUGUGGUGGUUGUUGCCAAGGGGGGGGAAGCCCCGAAACUUCCCUGGGAUUCGCAAGUGGGAGCCAAAGUGUCGGGCAAGUUGAAAGGAUGGAGCUGCACAGCUUGCAGGAGGCGUUAAAAGUGGAAAUCCAAAGUCAUCAGAAACUAGUUGCACAGAUGAAGCAAGAUCUACAGAACGGUGAUCUUAAGAAACAAAUCCAUGAGAGGCAAUCGAGAAUAGCAGCUCUUAAUGACAAACAAGGUUUGGGAACCAUUACUGCAGUGCCCAUUAAAGUCCCUCAGGUCAGCUCCUUACAGAGGUUGGCCGGACAAAGACCAGCAGUGCUACCUCAGGUUAGGCCAAAGACCCUGAUUCCAGACAGCCUCCCUGUUUCUCCAUGCAGAGACCAACUUUCGAAACAACCUCCUACAUUCCAAAAGGCAACUGUUGUCAGCAUCAAAAACCCAACUCCUGCCCUCCCGACUGCCAAUAACACUGUUAGCCAUGUACAGACAUUCAAUAGCCAGUUGCAAAGUGUUGCUGAACCUACAGCUAUUUCAUCACCCCUGAGCAGCACCGGGGUGGCCUAUGCCAUCAUAUCUACGUCCCCCAACAGCGUAACUCCCAUCAGCACUAGCAGUGCAACUGUCUCCGUGGUUAAAGACAGCAUCAAAGUGCAACCGCUCCUCAUCAGUGCCGACAGCAAGGUCAUCAUCAUUCAACCUCAAGUUCAAGCCCAGGCAGAAAUUAAAGUGGAGACAAAGAAGCCUCCUGAAGAGUCAGCUCAGGGACUGCCUGCUACCAAAAAGAAAAAGGAAGAGAAUCCAGAGAAAAUUGCCUUCAUGGUAGCAUUAGGCCUGGUUACAACAGAAUACCUGGAAGAAAUCCAGAGCAAACGUCAAGAGAGAAAGAGAAGGAGCACAGCCAACCCAGCCUACAGUGGACUCUUGGAAACAGAGAGGAAACGCCUUGCAUCAAAUUAUUUGAAUAAUCCCUUGUUCCUAUCCACAAGAGCCAAUGAGGAUCCAUGUUGGAAGAAUGAAAUCGGCCAUGAUGAACACUGUUCAGCAUGCAAGCGUGGUACCAACUUGCAGCUCUGUGGAAUGUGUCCCAGAGCCUAUCACCUCAACUGCUUGGACCCUCCCUUAAAGACAGCUCCCAAAGGGGUCUGGGUCUGCCCCAAGUGCCAAGAAAAGGUGUUCAAGAAAGAGGAAAGCACACCAUGGUCUGGAACGCUGGCUAUCGUUCAGUCCUAUGUUACUCAUAAAACAGUCAAAGAAGAGGAAAAAAGGAAGUUAUUAAAGAGAAGCAGUGAAUUGAGGGAAGAAUAUAGGCAGCUAGAAGAAAAAGAAAACCUUCUCAACACUGCAACAAAGAAGCGCUUAGAGCUAAAAAACAGCCUCUUGGCCCAGCAGAAAGGGGUCCAGUUAUCGCUGGAACGCCUCAAAACUCUCAUUAGACUGAUUCAGAAUGAGCCGAUGAUUCAGGUUACCAUGACAACCACCACCACCUCCUCCCUGCUGACUGUUCCCUGGAUCAAGCCUUCUUCUGCCUCAGCUGCUGCGGUACACAAAGCCCUGCAGCCAACACAGGGUAACAAUUGACGGAGGAGGCCGGAGCACCUUUUUCUUCACCAAGAAAGGGAACCGCCUCCCCCUGCAGGAAACACUCUAGGCACAUGCAAGACCAAGGGAUACACGACAACUGCAGCGAGGAGGAAACUGAAGGAAAAAGGCUAUGUUGGUCUGUCUGUUGGUAAACCUAUCCCAAUCCGCUGGGCGUUACAGCCACUUCCCAGAGAGCAGGUCCUGCUGCAGUUCCGUACUGCUGAGAUCUUUGGUGCUUGCGAGAUUUUUUUUCUUCUUUCAUUACGUUGGCCUUAAUGUGUCUAUGAAGGAAUAUGAACAACUGAGGAGCCUUCGUUGGCCACCAGGGCAGAGUGGGUGGGUAGGCAGGUGGGUGGGGUGGAGUAUUGUUUUGGGUAGGACAGACAGUUGGGGAGGAGUUUGCCUUCUAAAAGAAAAAAAAUAGUUUUAAAUGCAAAGAUUUAGUGAGAUAGUAUGCAGGUAGAUGGUAAAAGGGGAGCAAGAAUGAGAAACUGGUGACGUUGAGGGUCGGGGUGGAACAAAUGGCUUAGAACUCAAUGCGGAUUCUUGAUUUUAAAAUUCACAAGGUCUGUCCCAUUGAUUCAGGUUGAACGAAGCAUGAGCUGUUUGAGAAGAAUUACGUUUGUGAGACACUCACAGAGCCUUUGGAAUCAAAUCUUUUUUUUCCAGUAUUAUAGUUGAGAAUCGCAGAUAUUUAAAUUAAAAAACAUUGUAUGAAAUUAGCAUUUCUAGUGAAAUAUUGAAGUAUUUUCAUGCUGAUGCUUCUGUAUAUGCGUUCUGAAGUAUUUAAAGAGGUAAGCCUGUAAAAAAAACCUGUUAAAUUUUGCAGGGCCUUUUGACUUAUUUUGCUAUUAAUGUAUUUUUCUCAUGGAGUUUUUUGUGCAAGGUUUUAGCAUAAACCAUAAAAGUGACAAAUAUCUUCAGCAGGUUGGAUCUUUAUUUUUUGUAUGUUUUGUUAAAGAAAGAAAGCAAAUAAGCUUUUUUCUGUUUUGCUUCUUCUGUCUCAACAGUACAAAUGAUAUGCCAAAUAACUUUACACUUUUGUACUGCAUUUUUACUGUGAAGUAUGGAAUGUGAAAAAUAUUUUUUUUCUCCUUUUUUCUUUCUUUCGUUACUUUUUGCUUGCAGAACUGUCUGCUAAAUAGUACAGGAAAUAAACUGCCUCAAGGGGUUACUUCUUUUAGUCAAUAGAUUAAGAGCUUUGGGGGUGGGAGAGGAUGUCAGAUUCUAAAGAACUGGUUGCUUGUUUGUUUGUUUGUUUGUUUUGAAAAAGGAACUAUUUUUUCUAUUUUUUAAUCACACAUGAAACAUUCAGUAUUAGCCUGAGAUAAUGCUAGAGAACCUGCUUCUUUCUCAUGAGCUAGUCUUCCUGAUGCAACAAGGGGCAAUUCUGGCCCCAUCAUAGGCCAAGAGGCAUCUAUGCUCGAAACCUAGGCUUGCCAACCUCCAGGUAGUAGCUGGAGAUCUCCU